AUGGAUCAGGAAGUAUUCCAGAAAGUGCACCCUCGCGAAUAUCUUGCUCGGUUUCUCAACAAAGAUGUCCGGCCGGAUGGACGUUCCCUCACGAAAGCUCGGCGAGUGAACAUCACCGUGAGUUCUAUCGCCACGGCGGUUGGAUCCGCGAUGCUGAAGAUGGGCAAAACUACUGCCGUGGCCGGCGUUCACGCAACCCUGGUGCAACCUGCUCCAGGUGCCCCGGAUCAAGGGAUUUUGGAUGUUGCCGUCGAGCUCCUACCCAUGGCUUCUCCUAAUUACAAAUCAGGGCGAUCAUCUGAGGAAGCCAUCUGUCUAACUGAGUAUUUGCGAAGUCUUAUCUCUCCACACAUCAACAUGUCGAAACUUUGCGUAGAGGCCGGGCUCUUGGUAUGGCAGUUGCGUUUGACUGUGUAUUGUGUCGAUAAUGAUGGUAACUUGGAAGACGCGAUACUCUUGGCAGGGGUUGCAGCCAUGAGGAACGUUCUUCUUCCGUCCGUGCGCAUUAUCGGUGAAGAGGUGGACGAGGGUCGGGACGCACAAAUGGUUGAAGUUAAGACGGAGAAUGAAGAAGGGGAGGGGGAGGCUGAGUCAAUCAUAGCGGUCGCGACUGUGGAACGAACUAAUUCCUUAGAAAUAGACACCUAUCCACUCCCGAUAUCUUUUAUUUUGUUUGAUGGCAAAGUACUCAUUGAUCCGUCUGUGGCAGAGGAGUCGGUUUGCGACUCGCGCAUCACGUUUCUCUUCCGACCCACUGGGGAGCUGCGCGGCGUUUUAAAGCCAGGUGGUAAGAACGUACCCGAGAAUCUGUAUCAGUCUUGUCUCACCAUGGCAAAGGAGAGAAUACCCAAGUUGCAGGCUAAAUUGGAAGCAACCUAAAAUACAGGUUCUCCCAGUUCGCGAAUGGAAAACCUUGAGACAUCUCCACCUGUGUUCCCUCGCAACUGCUUUGAUUUCUUGGCGCCAGGAAAGUCCCCGCCUAGAAGAGAUUCACCAGCUUGGCUUGCUGAGAAAAAGCAGUUUCCUCGAUCUGCUAGGCUCAGUUCUACGAUGUUUUCAGGACACCCUGGUUUAGGUUCUCCACGAAUAUUUACAUCACAUGCAUGAAGAGCGACAAAGCGAGCUCCUUGAUUGUCAAGCCCCAUCUGGAGACGUUCAAUUUGAACGUCGAGCGGAUGUGAAUAUGUUGUCACUCGCGUCAACAGAAAGCGAAUCCCGGCAUUUGACAAUAUGUAAGCUGCUGUGCCCCACCCAGGGCUUGCAGCUAGAACUUGUCUAGACCAGUUUCGAUUCGAGCGGUUGGUGUCACGAAGAGUUUGUUGGAAGCGAAGAUAAAUAAAAUGCCAUCGGAUACC